AUGUAAUCGUCGGGAAGUGGAGGAUGGAGAAAACAUGCACGAUAUCAUGUGAAGAUGUUGAAUUGCUAGACUUUGAUGCUUGGAACUUUUAUUGAAGAUUUGUAAAUCAAGUCGAGUUUUGACAAGUUAACAUAUGGCUUUGCAGUGAGGCUGGUUUCUGACUGCAUGCGUGAGCAAAAUCUCCUGCAGUGGUCUGUUAAAUAAAAUUGAUCAUACCAAAACAUCAAAGAUUAAUUCGUUCGAUUGGUUCGAGCAGAGGCUAACCAGCCUGUUUAAAGGAGUCGUAAUGACAGACUAUGGAUUAAUGAAGCGGGCAUCUUCUUUACCACACCAAAGACGAAAACAGAAAAUUUUUAAGAGGUCGCUCAGUUUGUCUCUUCCAGAGAACACAGGCCCUGUCCUAAAGUUUUCGCAGGCUCAGCACUUUGCCCCCGAAUCACCAAUUGCGCUCCCUAAAGAUUUUCACGGGGCAGAGCAAAGCAGCCAUAACACAGAAACAUCAAUGACAAGCAGAAUCAUCGAUAAUAAUUGCCAGCAGCACGACGAAGCUUCGGUGUCUGCGAAAGAUGCUGUGCCAUGUGGGACAGACGAUGGUUCGGAAGAAUUUGAUCAGGACACGUGUACCGAAUGCCCUAGUGCUUGUUUACCCGAAAAUGAAACUACACAUGAAGCAACAUUACCUCAAGAAACGUCGGUCUUAGAUAAUGACAAAGUUGCAACAGCACAUGACAUUCUGAUUUCUUGUUAUGGAGUAAAUGCUGAAAAUCUUUCACAUGAUAUCACCCAUCCUGAUCAGAGAUCAUUCCCAACACCACCAACACCACCCCCUCCACCACCUAUCAAGGAAUGGCAACCCAAUCCUUUAUCAGCAAAUCCAGUUCAUUCCAGCAUUAUGGUCGACCUAGACAAACUGUCUGGUAUAUCAGAUUAUGAUGAUAUGUUUUCUAGGCUGUCAGUUGAAAGUGGAGUUGAAGGGUGGUAUUGCAGUAUCUGCUAUUGCAUGGCAUCUAGAAAUAAAGAAUCUUCAGUGUAUUGUGAUUCAUGCUCAGGAUUGUUCUGUUUAGACUGUAUGCAUAUACAUCUUAGAACUAGAAUCACUGGGGGUUUCAUAAUUCUCAAAUGCCCAGGAGAUUCUUGCACACGAACAAUAACAGAUGAAGAAAUAGAUCUGCACUGCAGUGAAUGGAUGCACAUUUUUGUUAAAAACAGAGUAGAUGCAGAUAAUAAUCCAAGAGUCAAAACUUGCCCAGGCUGCAAUAUAGUCCAGCAUUUUGAGGAGCCAGAUGAAGUGCCCAUCCAUCACAAGUGUGGAUCCUGUGGGUUACGAUGGUGCAUACCUUGUCACGCACCAUGGCAUAAUGCCUUAACCUGCAAGGAAUUUCAAAAAGAUGUCAUUGGCAAAGGACACAAGGCAUUAAAGGUUUGGGCAAAGGGGAGAGGAAAAUCAAAUGCUAAUGCUGUGAAAUGCCCUCAAUGCAAGUUCUUCAUUGAACGGAUAUCUGGAUGUGACCACAUGUGUUGUUCCAGGUGCUACACUGAUUUCUGCUACAGAUGUGGGAAAAAGCAUAGGAAAGGAGGAAUUUUUGGUGAUCACUAUAGCCGCUACAGCUUCUUUGGUUGCAAAUACAACUUAGCACCAAAAAAGCCGGUGGUGAGAGUUGCUGUAAGGUCAGGUGUAUUAGCUGGUACAAUUGUGGCUGUCCCUGUAGUGGCUGCCUUUGUUGUGUCAGUUGGUUGUAUAAUUCUGGCAGUCAGCCCAGUUGCUGUUCCAUCUUUUAUUGCUGUUAAGAAAUGUAGGAAGUAGACUGUAUGUCUCCCAACUACAAUAUGCUAGGUUCUUUGUCAUAAGGAAAUUAUUAGUUGAUUAGAAACCUUUACACCCAGUAAACAUCAGG